AUGCCUAGAGAGUUUGUGAUAAAGGUUCCUGCCUCUUCGGCAAACAUCGGUCCCGGAUUUGACGUUUUGGGUAUAGGUCUCAACCUGUAUCUAGAGAUUUCCGUCAAUAUCGAUCCGGCAUUAGCUGAGACAUCGAAACAAGACCCAACCAACUGCAUCCUUUCGUAUGAGGGAGAAGGCGCAGAUGAAGUUCCUUUGAACUCCGAACACAACUUGAUCACAAGAACAGCUCUUUAUGUCUUGCGUUGUAACGGAGUGAGGGUCUUUCCAGAGGGCACCCAGGUUCAUGUUAACAAUCCCAUCCCGCUAGGCAGAGGCCUUGGCUCUUCCGGUGCUGCUGUUGUGGCCGGUGUUAUGUUGGGUGACAAGAUUGGAGGAUUUGGGUUCUCCAAGCAAAGAAUGCUGGACUAUUGUUUGAUGAUCGAACGUCAUCCUGACAAUAUCACUGCGGCAAUGAUGGGUGGAUUUGUGGGCUCCUACCUUAGAGAGCUUUCCGCCCUAGAAACUGAGAGAAAGGAGAUUCCUCUUAGUGAGGUUCUUCCAGAGCCAGCUGGAGGUGUUGACACUGGUUUGGUUCCACCAGAGCCUCCAGUCGACAUUGGUCGCCAUAUCAAGUACGACUGGUGCAAAGACAUACAUUGCAUUGCGAUCAUACCCAACUUUGAGGUCUCCACUGCGGAAUCCAGAGGAGUGCUGCCCAGUGCUUUCACUGCUAAAGAUAUGAUCUUCAACCUACAGAGACUUGCUGUUUUGACCACGGCAUUGACCAGAUCACCACCAGACCCAGAGUUGAUCUACGCUGCCAUGCAAGACAAGGUGCACCAGCCUUACCGCAAAACACUGAUCCCCGGUCUUCCGGAGAUUCUGGCCUCCGUAACGCCUCAGACCCACAAGGGGCUAUUGGGAAUUUGUCUUUCGGGAGCAGGUCCUACUAUUUUGGCGUUGGCCACGGAAAACUUUGAUGCUAUUGCAUCUGAGAUCAUCAAGAGGUUCGCCAAAGAGAACGUCACGUGCCAGUGGAAACUGCUGGACCCUGCCUAUGAGGGAGCCAUUGUUACUGAGAAAUAG